AUGAAGAGACCUCGUGUUCAGGUACCACCCAUCCGCAAAGAAGAUGGCACCUGGGCUCGCAGUGAACAAGAAAAAGCAGAAAUAUACGCUCGACAUCUUGAACGCGUAUUUCUACUAAACGCCAUAGACUCUGAGCUUGACAUUGUACAAUGUCCACAGCUUAGUACAACACGUAAAAAGAUUAAAAAUUUCACUCCAUUAGAAGUUGCUAAAGUAAUAGAUGACAGUUUAAACCCCAAAAAAUCACCAGGCUAUAAUAAAAUAAGUCCAAAAAUACUUAAAGAGCUNAUAGACUCUGAGCUUAACAUUGUACAAUGUCCGCAGCUUAGUACAACACGUAAAAAGAUUAAAAAUUUCACUACAUUAGAAGUUGCUACAGUAAUAGAUGACAGUUCAAACCCCAAAAAAGCACCAGGCUAUGAUGAAAUAAGUCCAAAAAUACUUAAAGAGCUUCCUAAGAAGGCCAUCAUUCAUUUUACGCACAUUUACAAUGCUAUUUUGCGUAUGGAAUACAUUCCAGAACAAUGGAAACGGGCACAAGUCAUUUUGUUGCUCAAAUCAGUUAAACCACCAGAAGAUGUCACAUCUUACCGUCCCAUAUCCCUCCUUCCGAGUUUGUCUAAACUCUUAGAGAAACUUCUACUUAAACGUCUAAAACCAAUUAUAGAAGAAAAACAUCUUAUACGGACCAUCAGUUUGGAUUCUGUAACAAACAUUCGAAAAUCGAUAAAGUCCAUCGCAUUACUAACAUGA